UUUCCAGGUUAUCGCAAUCGAUAUUUCAUUCUUCUUCCGUGUUUGUGAUCAGUGGGCGUAGUAUUUUCGUGUUUUUGUCAUCAAAAGUGAAAUCGAGUUCUCACAAACCGCAAAUUGAAUUUGUCAUUUUAUUUCCAUGAAUUUUGGCUUUAAAUUCAUUAUAAUUCAUUCAUUACGUCAGAUUAAAAUUCAAUUCAUUGAAAUGCGGGCAAGCAAAUCUCAAUUAUUAAUUAAAUCGUUCUAUUCAGCCACGAACUCGAAAAAUGCAAAACGCCUUUGCCUCUAGUUUCGAAUUAAUCUUCGAAUCUAAGGAACCCACGAGAUCAAUCGACGUGAUCCAUUGUAUCGUAUUUUUUGCGGGAAAAAAUUCGACGUUAGAACAAUUAACAAAUAACAAGAGUCCCCAGUCAUUUUGUGUUGUUGAAUUGUUAAUAUUCUCGUCCCAUAUACUGAAAUCCCUCCAACAAUGACAGGUGCUACACAAUAGGCCCAUUGAUCUCCCUCAAAUCUCGCUUUCACUCGCCCAUUGUUUCGAAUGUUAAUUAGAAAGAACAGGUGCGAUGGAUGUCGAUAGAAAAUUCCUCUUCCCUCAAAAACUCGAUGAAUCCCAAUCUCUGAAAAGCAUUUCCAAAGAGACCUAAUGAAAUCAAUACUAGUUAUCAGACUGUGUAAUCACCAAUACUUGCCUCAACUUUUUCCCGUUCAUUUGGCAAUUAUGUGACCACUGGCCACGAUUCGUCGUUGCUUUUACUCGCUAUGGAGGGGAACCCUGACUUAUUCAUACUCUGGAAGUCAAUAUAAAUCACCUUGCCACUUCAGAAGCAUUCAUUUUAUGCUGAAGUGUCCUAUCACGCGUGUAUAGGAGCGUUAAGUGAUCGACUCAAGAUCCAACUCAAACCGUCCAGAUGGCUUCUCACAAGAUCCUCUGGUGCACGAUCGUCGUCGCCCUGAGCUUCACGGCUGCCUUCCCGCGACGCGAGCCCUCCGGAUCCUUCGAAGAGGCCACAUCUCUCGGCGACUCCCCAGGAUUCAGGUUCGGAGAUGAGUACUUCACCCCGGAGGCGACCCACCACGUCCCGGAGAAGCAUCAAAAGCCAGAGGGCUGCGAGAAGGUCGUGCGGGACAGUAUGGUCUGCAUGGUCUGCAAGGACCGGGAGACCUCCGCUAAAUACGAGCAGUGCUCCUACGUACCUCAAUCUGAAAAAUCAUUCAGUCAUAAAUCCAGUGAGAAGAGUCCGCGGGAUUACGCGAGUUCUCCGUCAGCCCCUCGUGUCGCUCCUCCGUCGGCAAAGGAGAGCCUCGAGGAGAGCGAAGAGAGCGAGGAAGCGGAUGCCUCGAGCCCCUACACCUCCGGUUUCUACAAUUCCAAGGGUGACAGCGAAGAGGCUUCAUCCACCAGCCCCUCCAGAAGCUUUGACGCCGCUUCCGGGGAGUACGUCUCCCAGUCGGAGAGAAUUGCGGAGAAAACGGGUAAAUCCAAGUGCCGGGAGGAGAAGAGAGAGGGCGGAAUGACAUGUCAAGUCUGCAAAGAUCCUGACACCGGUGGGAAUUUCGAAAAGUGCGCUUACUCGUAUGAACCCAACGACAAGGCCUACUCCUACAGCAGAUCGAACAAGUUCGAGACCCCGAGGAAGUCCAGCUCCAGUGAGAAGAAGGGAAAGACCCCGAAGAAGGCCAUCCGAAGGGUUGAUGGGAGGGAAAACGUUGAGGACAGGAGCCCUGGAGAGAGUCAAGUUACUGAGAGGAAAAUCGACGACAAGUGCCGGGAGGUCCUUAAGGACUCGAUGACCUGCACUGUGUGCACCGAUCCUAAGACGGGAAGGAACUCGGAGCAGUGUUCAUACUCUUACGAUCCCGCUGAUAAGCUUUUCACGUACAGCCAGUCGAGGUCAUUCGGAUCCAAGAAGGAUCCUGAAAAGGAGAAAUCGAAGGAGUUUGAGGAGUGAGGGGGUGAGAGGCGGGUUAUUCUUGUUGAAUUUUUAUUGCGUGAAAAAUGGAAAAUAAAGGUUUUUAUUGAAAUGGUGA